GUAAGCACAUUUUUUAUUGGUUUAAACUAUUUAUCUCCGUUUAUUAUGGGGUAUAUUUUUUUUAUUAACGCUCCUAUUUUUUUUUUUCUUUCUAUUCGUUUCAGACCGACGUAUGCACCCCUUGCGUAGUAUGUCUUUAGGAUCCGUGCGCCCUGAACAUCCUUUAGCCACAUCUCAUGGAUUAUAUUCUACUUCUUAUCAACAACAACAGCAACAACAACAACAACAACAACAACAACAACAUAUGGAAGUUAAACAAGAACGUAUGGAUACAAUCAAAACAGAUCAAUCUCCUACGAUGUCUACUUUUGUUCAACCUCCAUUACCUGUACCUACAAGUAUUUAUAAUACUUUUUCAGCUGUUCCAUCUCCUUCAAGUAUGUCGUCAUCACCAAGUACGCCCAUGUUAUCACCAGCAAGAGCAUCUUUCCAACAUCAACGUCAUUAUUCAACAUCAUCCGCUUCAUCAUUAUCUUCUUCAGUUCCUCGUUAUGACCCUCGUCAUUAUAGUACAGAUUAUUCAACAUCUCCUUCUGGUUCAGAACGUAUGCAACAAUUGCACCAACAUCAUCAUCACCAUCAACAACAACAACAUGUAGGACAAAUUCAGUUGAUGUCAGAUGGAUAUGAUCAACAUGAUCAAAAUUCACAACAUCAACAUUAUCAAUCCCAACAACACCAACAACAACAACAACAUCAUCAUCAUCAUCAUGCGGCAAAUUUGGGACAAUUAUUGAAUCCAGUACAUCCACUACAAAAUGAUUCAACACAACAACAACAACAACAACAGCAACAACAACCAACUACAAUGUUACAUUCAAUGGCCAUACCACAUCCUUCUUCUCAAACUACAACAUUUACUGAUUAUACGCCAGGUUAUCAUGACAAGGAAGCUUUUGCAAUAUCUCCACAAGAUGGAGGUAAUGGAUCUGGCAGUAGCGGAUUUAUACCUACACAAAGGUAUCCUAUGACCAAUCAACAUACUUCGUCUCCUAUGAAUUCUCUUUAUACACAAGAUAUCUCUGGUGCUGGACUUCAUUCAUCCUUUUGAUUUAAAUCUCUUCACUUUUAUCUUUUCUUUUAUGUUUUCUUAGUAUCUCUCUAUUAUAUGUACCACUUACAUAUUUCUUCCGUUUCCUUCUAUUAUU